CUCGACUCGAUUUGGUUCGGGGGCAGCGCGCAGCUCCUCCGGGCGGCUCAGUCUCGACCGCGGCGUGAACGCGCUCCGGAUUUUCUCCGGGUGGCUAUAACCUCUCGGUAGCGCGCGCUUCAACGGGACGGUACGCGAUCGGAGGCCACGUACAUACGAUGCCGGUGGCGGACAGGCAGAGCGGAGGAGCAGCAUCAGCCUGUUCUCGUCGUCGUCGUCGCCGUCGUCGUCGUCGUUCGCUCGAGGUGUCCAGCAGUAGCUGAGGCGGCAGUAGCGGUUGCGAGGAGUUGUGCUCAGGGGAGGGCGUGGGUGCACGUGUGCGAUGGCAGGCGCCUCAUCCUGCUGCCGGGUCGUCAUUACCACGGGGAGGCUCGUCGUCGGUAGCAAAGCCGGCUCGCCCUGCCUAGGCCAGACCAGGAGCUACAGCAGCCUACGCAGAAGCGUAAGUCCUCCCGAAACGUGGUGCAAAAGAUGGUGGAACAUUUCCCAAAAAAGUCUAUCGACGACUACUGCAGCGUUUAUUCCGAGUUUGAGUCCUAUAAUUUCUAAAGAACAGCAACACUAUAAAGAGAUAUCUGAACAAAAGGAUGCAAAGGGAUUAAAGGAAGAAAUAGAUUCAAAAGAUACAAAGAGUAUGAAGGAUUCGAAGAAACAUUCUAAAGAAAAAAUUAUAUCGAUUGUGCCCUCAGAUGUGGUAGUGGAAUAUCAUAGAGGGCUUCCAAGGAUCACAGUUCCAUUACCAUCGAGAAAAGAAAAAUGCAUAUUUACGUUAAAACCAAUCACACAGACCGUGGGUGAUUUUCUAAUUAUGCUACAGAAGGAAGAUCCAACGGUUGUUAAAGCAAGCGUCACUACUAUAGAUGGUUCUAAAUUGGGAACAACUAAUAGAAUAGAAACGAUGUUAUUGGAUGAUUUUAAAUUAAUAAUCAAUGAAAAAGUUUAUCUCGUAUCACCUCCCCCACACAUAGAAUAUCCUCCAAAGGAAAAUUUACGACAACUGCAAGAUUUACAAACUUUAGUCAGUACACUUUAUGAGACAUUUAAUGCACGAGAAUAUCAUGCCGAAUUAGAGCAACAAAUAUUAAUACAACUGGAGGAAAUUAAAAUGGAAUUGGAACCACUGGAGCAGAUGCGAACGGAUAUUGAAAACGCAGCCGCUCGCAGAUCUCAGUGGGCUUCUUGGGGUGUUCUAGUAUUGAUGUCGAUGCAAUUUGGAUGCUUAGCAAGGCUCACAUGGUGGGAAUACUCUUGGGAUAUUAUGGAACCCGUCACAUACUUCGUAACAUACGCAACGGCUAUGGGGUGCUACAUAUACUUCCUUAUGACAAAGCAGGAAUACAUGCUGCCGGAAGUUUUCAGCCGUGAACAUCUGAUCGGCCUGCACAAGAAAGCGCGUAAGCUCGGUUUCGAUCUCGAUCGCUACAACAGGUUGAAGGACGAGGCGUACGAACUCGAGAGGAUGCUGAGGAUUAUCCGGGGGCCACUCCAUACCCACCAUAAUCUAAUCGAGCAAAAGCGCCGGGAACGUGUGAUGAGAUACCGGUCUACGAAUACCAGCAACGGCAGCAGCAGCAGCAGCAGCAGCAGCAGCAGCAGCAGUAGUUCCUCGUCGCGUUCGCCGAGUUCGUCGCCGAGCCCUUCGCCGAGCCCCAGGAGGACAAUGAGCCGGCGAGAGGACGAACCCAGGAAGUCAACCGAUACAAUCAAGAAUCCGGCGACUGUGAUUAAGCAUUAGCUACGUUAUGCUAACUAAAUGAAUAAUUAGAGAUUUGUUUGGUGAUGUCAAGUAGUUACUUUACUACUAAUGGUCCACAUAUUUUAAGCUUAGAGUGGCGUUUUUAUGUGUCUGUAUAAGAAAUUGCGAAUUAUCGAGCGAUUAAUCGUGCGCAUUCACUAUUGUCGGUAGGAGAGUAUGCGAGCUAAAAUUAACUUAAAUUUGUAAGCUGAAUUUGUUUAGUUUUUGCAUAAAUAACAAAUUUCAUUUAUGCUUUAAUUUACAUGAAAAUCAGCCUGUAUAUGUAAAGAUAGGCGUGACUUUAUUUAAAAAAUUCUUUUUAUUCUUUGAUCUAAAUGUUAAGAAAAAGAGAAAUUUGUGAUAUCUUAUACAUUACAUCGUAAUCGGAAACACGUUCCAUAAACAUAUUGUAAAAUCGAUUGA